AUGCCUCACCGGUUGAGAGGCACAGUUGCUGCCUGUCCGGCGACCGUUAUGACGACCACGCUUGAGAGUCAGUUGACCGCUGGGGUCGAAGAGCCUUCCUGCUCACACGCGAGCAGUUUCCUUGAAACUUUGCGUCCCGUUGAGUUAGCAGGCGUGUCCAAUUCAGCUUCCGAAGGGUCACGUUCUGCCCGCGGGUCUGGUGCAGUUCCUGCUUCAGGCUGUGGCUCGUCCAGUAUGGCAUCUGCCCCGGGUGCUGGGUUGACUGCUAGAUCCAUGGGGGCAUCGUCGAACUCGAAAUUCAACCGGUGUUUCCUCGAGAACUUCCUUCGCAUAUGCCACUCGUUGACUAUUCUUUCGUGCUUCUGA